AGCCUUUCAAAACAUAACUGAAGCUACGUUGUAUAACCGGUAAUAACGUUGUUUUAAUCGCAUUGCACUACUUUACCAGGUUUCUGAAUUUUCCAAUCGCAACUCAUGGAACCCGAAACGUAUCUUCACGGCCUUGACGACUCAUACCGGCCUCUCCCUUCUCUCUACUUGGCUUUUCUCUCUAUCUGGUUAUUCUCUGUUUGUUCUUGGACCAUUAACACCUAUAAAAACCGCCAUUUUCAGACGAAUAAUUUGCAGUGGACCCUGACUUCUGUUCCGUUGAUUAAAGCAUUGCAGCUUACUCUAUCUUUUCUCUUCUGGUAUUCAUGUUUUCAUCUUCAUAUUUGCUCUCUGUGGAUGUCCUUUGGUGUAUAUGUAACUGGAGUGCUAUUCAAGACAGCUUCUUUUGUGUCCUUCUUGCUAAUAUCUCAUGGUUACUGCAUCAUGUGUGAGCAUCUUUCAGUUACUGAACGCCGUACCACAGCUGCACUUGGGUGUGUCUUUUACUUGACUCUGGUUGGGUAUAGAGCCUCUGUACCUUAUUUUUCAGUCCUGCUGCUGCUUAAUUAUUUAGUUUCAUUCUAUGUGAUUUUCCACCACAUUUCUCAAAAUCUGUCAGUACUACGAGAACAAUUAGCUUUCAUAGAGGAAGAAGAUAUUCAAGACAUGCAUGAUGCUGUGUAUGCAAAGUACACCAUGUUUAAGAAAUUUCAGGGAGCAAUGCAAAUUGUAGCAAUGGCAGAAACUGUGAUAUUCCUUAAUGUGGAUGACUCUUCAGAAAAUUACUGGCUUCGAUUAUUAGUUCGAGAAUGGGCGCAAUUCUGCAUCUUUCUGUACAUUGGGUGGACUUUUAGAUCACAAGACUUAGCACCACGAUUUUCUGUUAUGCCGACUACAAAGUCUAAAAGGGAGACAAUGGUGCCUCCCAUCUAUAGCAUUGAAAUGGAUGCAGCAACAUUCAAAGAUUUUAGUUGUCAUGAAUGGCAUAUCGGUGUGCCAACUUCUGACGAAAGAUCAAAUGAUUCACUAUUAGUUGUAAUUCAGCAUCCAAAAGCUGUUCGAUUGAAGUCAGGCACAACACAUUCUCAGAGCCUCCAUCUAGUCUAGCUUCUUAGACUUUACGAUUAUGAUAGGGAUUCAUGUUGAUAGAAGAGUUAUGUCUGUAAAGCCAUUGACAGAAUAGGUUGCUACAAUUUGGUUACCAACAUCCAUUUUUCUGAAAGCCAUACAAAAUAAUUUCCCUUUUAGUUUUGUAGAAAUCUGUAAUCAAACGCAACAGAUGGCAAAGGCUUGUUCACUAAUAUUGUCAAACAAUCAAAACUGUAUAUUCUUUUCUUGUGGGGCGAUCUUUUUG